UACACAGCGUGUAUGGGAAAGUAAAAUAGCACUAAUAAGUAUAGAUUGCAAAGUAAAAUUUGCCCCGUCCUCAUAAAGUCCAAAAAUUCACCCAAUACCAUGGCCACAGUUCCAAGUGACAUUCAAAUUCAUUCAUUCGCCAGCUUGGAAUGAGGAACUCUGCACUUAAGUACUUCCUGUUUCCCGCCCAAACUUUUUGGACGUCCACUGGCUUUCUUGGACUUUCUAGGGUUGUCCUCCUCAUUCAAACGUCCUUCUACGUCGAUCUUUCCUACGUAGAAAGCGCUCCGAUUUCUAGCCGAGAGUAACUUGAAACGCCCCCUAAGUGGAUAAUAGAGUGGUCUGCAUGUCGGUAAAUGAGAGACAGGUCCAAAGGUGAAGUCAUGUUUCAACACGGAUCUUUUCAUGUCCACAAAACCCACGUUUUGUAUGCAGAACAAUACCUUCUCAUGCCUCGUUUGCAUGUCGGUAUUUGGACGGAUAAAAGUGCCCCCAUUCAGCCCCUAGUUCUCCAGUCCUUGGGUUGUAGAAACUAGCCUGACUCUGUCAGAAAACGCCGACACGCUUUCUUUCUUUCCAUUGGCCCAACGGCGGAAGUCUCGAACCGCAGUAGGCAGCAACAAGUGGCUUUGAUAGCCACCCCGGAGUGUUUUGCUCUAUAUCGCACAAAAAGGCAACAUAAACACGGCGUCUGAGACUGUGCUCACGUGACCUAAAGUGGCCUGUCCCUCUAGGACUCGGGAAACGUCAGUCAGGAUCCCGACUACCCGACAUUAUCGUGCGACGUGAGCGACGUGACGCAACCCUGACGCGAUAAGAGGGCAGUUCCCCUGCGCGCGCCGCCGCCGCCUGGCUACAUCUGGACGUGGUCAAAUAAACAGUUCAAUGCUGUCAAACUUCCCGAAUCGACCCGUCGUGAGUUGGCACCCAACCACCUGGUGUUAAAGUUCCCGGCGAGAGCUCGGAGAAAGAUGGCGAGGUUGGAAAACGUAGGUUGGUCCCCACGCCGGUACACGUUGCGGGAGUUCCUUCGCUCCUGCGCCCUCCCCAAAAUCGUAAAGGUCACGCAAGGUCAUUACGGGAAUGCCGAUAUCGAACAGCUCGCUUUGGAUCAGGUGAUUAGAAUACACAAAGAGCACACACAACGCCGAGUGGUCGCCAACGACAAACAUGGCCGACAUCUCAGCAUUCCGCUCAACUACCAGAGCGUUCUGUUUGAGAGAGUGCGGAGAGAAACAGACAAGAGACAGAAGAAAACUGCCGCCGCAGACGACCUUCCGGCCGCCUUCCCGAUGACCAUCGCAGAUGUGGUAGCACAGUAUCCCCUCCCGGUACUGGUCAAGAUACACAGGUCUGAGGAGCUCCGCUUCAGCGUGGAUAACAGGAAACAAGUACCGAGGUUUGACGUCAUAGAGCUGACGGACCUUCAAGAUGAAACCUAUCUGCUUGGAAAUACCAUCAACAACGGCCUCUUGAGCAAGUCAGUGCUGGUUAUCCCGAUGUUCAUGAAGUUGGAGCUAGCGGUAGCGGAAGGCUUGGUGGGAGGGGACGAUGACCAGUGGCUGGAGUUGGUCGGCAGGUACGACCGGACGGUGGUCAGGUGUGUGGACUUCGAGCAGGCCUGCGGCAACAGAGACAUACUGAUGUAUCCUUCGCGUCUAGUUGAAGCGCGACAACAUGUCCUAGAGGACAUUGAACCUCACGUUCUCAAAAUCCACCCACUGUCGACGGACAAGACUCUGUGGCCGAGGCCUCUGUCUGACUCCGAGACACAGUUCAACACUCAUCGGGUGCGCCACCGUCAGAGCCCCGAGGCCAAAGGCCCGGCCUCUCCAGUGCUCAGCUGGCCCAUGACGGUGAGCGUCAGGGGUAAUCAACGGAGUCGUCGUAAGGAGGUGGAAGAGGAAAAGUCGCAGAGGCGGGCCUCUGCUGACCUGCUGUCCGCUAAUGAUGAAGAUCUAUCCGCUGCGGACGAUCUCGUGGUUCCGGAAGGAAAGACCAGGUAUCGACAAGCACCAGAGGGUGGGCCUAAACAAGAUGUCGCAAAACCACGCGAGAUCAUAGCGGCCUCAACAAGUGGUCAGAGAGAGCGACGAAAGACACCCACACAGGAACCUCAGCCGAUCAAUGCCACUACUCGUACGGCAGCUUUGAAGCCCCGGAUCAAAGAACCAAAGCAAGAAUACGAGCACCCACCCUCCGCACCUAUCAAGCCUUCCCCCACUAUGAAGUAUGCAGGUCUGUCAGAGGUUCCCGAAGACACAACGGCCCUAAAUGUCGACGAUCUGUCGGACUGCCUCAGGCUGCUAAAACUCGACAGUUUCGUCAACGUCUUCAAAGAAGAAAUGAUUGACGGGAAGCUCCUGAUGGAUUUGGAUCGACGCAUGCUCAUCAACGACCUUGGUAUGAACGAGUUCCAGGCGACCAAACUCCUGAGGUUCCAACGGGGCUGGCGCCCAAAGUGAGGGGACAUGAAAAUGCUAACAUGGAUGGUGUGACGAGUAGAUGAAGAAUAAUCAAUUAAAAAUUAUAAGACGUGAGCCAGAAAAUAGCUGGUAUUCAAUUUGUAUAAAUUGUGUUAUCCCCGAUUGUAUUAUUCCAAACAGUGGAUAUAUUAUCAUUAUACAGAUAGAUGUUGCGAAAUAUGACCUGUACUUUUUUGACUUCAAAUGGGGAUGAAUUUUGCUGUCGACCUAAGUAGCAAGAGAAUUUUCCACCCAGGUCACCCAUAGCCCACUCUACCCUUUAUCAUGUCCAAACAUUGGCAUUGUUGUUGUAUUUGUAAAUCUCUUCGGUGUUUUUUGAUGUUCAAACAUUUUAUGACCUGAAAAACUUCGGUAUGACACGGACAAUGAACCAUAUCCAUAUUUCCCCUAGGAUCAUUCAAAGCCUACAUAUACUACAAGAAGCAAUUUCUGGGAUCAGCUCUUUUCAAGUUUAUUGACAUGUGCAUAACUUUCAAGUCUUAAGAAGUUCAUAUAAUUAUGAAUCAUGAUGCGUCAGUAAUACUAGUAACCACCCAGCACUAUAGACAAUGCUCACGUCCUAGUAACGUGAGUGCAUACACCAAAGACUUACAAGAAAGUAAUUACGAGUUACCCACUGAAAUGCCAAUGUUGAUUGCUAGUUCUAGUGAUUCUGUCACCAGCCAAUAUGAACAGUGUAUACGUACGUUCUUGAAGCAUAUCACCACAUGCACAGUGCUUUACAUGUACAAUGGAUGCUUCAACGAUGGUAUUGAGAUACAAAGUUACGUUGUAACCUAGUUCUUUUACAAAUACUGAAAACGUGUACCAAUGAAAACACUGUCCUGUACUUUACAUCGUCAUCGACCAGAUAAGCAAAAGAAUGGAAGUAGAAUAUUUUGACGAAGCUGCUAAGAUAUCUGCCUUUUAAGCAUGGUUGCUAUCCGUCGGGCGUAUCUAGAAAAAUACACAUUUAUUUGUUUUGAGAAACACACCUAAUUCCGCCUACUUAGGCGUUAAACGUUUACCGUUCCCAAACGCUUUGUAAAUGUACAUUGUAUCUAUUUUUGUUAAUCAUAGUUUAUAUAUUCUCAACCUGAUCAUGCUUUGAAAGCAGUUAACGUUUGAGUUGUAUCAUAAGACAAGACUCAUUUUUUUGCUCGUUUUGCAUUUAUAAGCUACAAGAACAUAUCAUCACAUCACGAGCUCAGGCUGUAAGUUGUUACAGUAAACACAUGAUAUGAUUUGUUUGUGAUCACGAAUGAGCUGGUCUCAGUCAUGUUUGUGUUCAGAGUGUUAAGUAGUCAAUUUGACGGUCUUGUGAACCACUUAGAAAAAUAUUAUAAGUCGAAUGUUGUAAUGUACAAGUGCCGUGUUUGCGUAAUGUAUAAAGAAUUUUCCGUGA